AUGAUGGAUCAAUCAACACCAAUCACCAAACUUUUUCGAGCACUUCAAUUUCGUAAACAUGUUAAAGAACUUACAAGCGCAUGUAAGCGCAUCAAUAAGGAUGCUUGUUAUGAAUUUGUAACUUAUCGUCAUGGAAUACAACGAGAUACAUUAUUCACACAGAAAAAAUCAACGAAAUUCAAUAUAUUAUGUUCAAAAAUUCAUAAUUAUAAGCAAAGAAGUAAAAGUUCAUGUCGUCUAUCAACUCGUAUAAGACCAAAAACUGAAUCUUCAUCAUCAUCAUCAUCCGCAGCAGCAGCAACAACAACAACAACAACAACAACAACAACACGAACUGUUCAGAACAAUAAUGAACAACCAUUUGAACAAUUGGCACAUGCAACCUCAACAUCACCAGCUAAUUUAUCUAUGAUUGUAAAACAAUCAUAUAAACCUUUGCAUGCCAAAUCAACACAAUUUAAUAAGAAUACAAUUGCCGUUACGAAAGGUACACCUGUCAAAGCUCUGUAUGCUAUAUCAAAUUGGGUAUUUAUUGAAAUAAUUGAAACUUGUCAAACUGGUUUCGUACCUGCCUAUUGUCUUCGUAUAUCGAAUGCAUCAUUAGAAUCUUCAUCACAAAAUAAUUUAAGUCUAUUAAAUGUAAGCAUAUACGAAAAGCCUCAUCCGAAUGUAAAUGCAUCAACAUCUUCACAGCCUGGUCGGUUUAUAUCAUCCAUCGGACCAUGCCAUUUUAAUAUCGAACAAGCAUCGUUAACAUGUUCACGUAUAAACAAAUCAGGAACAUAUACACGUCACUAUAAAGAUCAAUCAAAUUUAUCCCGACAAAUAUCAAAUAUAUCGCUUCACGCCUAUGAUCAUGAUGCAUAUGGAACACUUAAUUUAACCCCGUGUAAAAGUUUAUCCUUUAGUGUAUUAGAUAGUGAGCCGAUUGUACAUCAUCUGAAUACUCGUUUACGUGUUAUGGAAAAUUAUCAGCGGCAAUUUGUUGGCGAUAUAAGUGUACUUGAGUCCGAAGUUGUAACGCUCGUUAAUACAACUCAAUCCGAUAAUGAUUGGCGUUUUGUUCGACGCGGGGAUGGACGUCAAGGUUAUAUACCGAAACAAAUUGUUCUACUGGAUAGAAAUUUUAAUUGA